AUGGCACGAGAACAUCAAACUAGUGGUAUGGAAGCUGCCGAUGAUAGCAUGCAAGCCGCUCGGCAGUUAAAGUCUUCGCUUCGACAAUCGAUCGGGGAAGACAAUCAAUGCUCCCUCCCGAGAAGCUCAUCAAAACGGAAGCUGUCCGUGGUAAUUGUCGGGAACCUCGAUACUCCAUCUGCCGCGCUCUCUGAAACAUCCCGCGAUGAUAUUCUGCAUGGAGACUCCGAACUCAGUCCAAUCUACGACCAAGCUACACCCCCCAAGCGAUUUAGAUCGAACGAUUGGCCACUUACAAACAAUACUCCCAUUUUAACAGAGAGUCAUGCAGUGCGAAAUAGCAACCAACCUUCACUGAGUUCAAGAAGAGGUCGAAAUGGACCAGAUGCCCGUUACUCAUCUGCCAUAUCACCAGGCCGUAGGUCGCGAUUUAAAGAAGGCAGUAUGCGGGAUCGCAUUAGCGUCAAACCACCUCCUGAAUUUACCGGAGAGCUUGAAAACUCCCCGCCCUACUGCGGCGAAGAGGAAUACAACCGAGGAGGGCCAAGGUCCCCAUACAAAAGCCCAUUCUCCCACUUAGCUACCAAGACAAUCCCUCAAUCCCCCCUGCCUGCUGUGACCAGGGAUGACUCUAAUACAAAGGAGCCUGGAAUAGUUCGCUUUGGAAAGAAGUUCGCUUCAGCUUUCAGGUUCUCUGGCGUGUUCCAUAACGUCUCUGAGAUUUGGAAAGGCCCGCAAGACGAGAACAAACCGCCGUCAGGUCCUGAGAUUUGUUUGGAUAGAAAGGCUCGUGCUGAGAAGGCAUAUGCUGACCUCAAGGCCUCGGGAUAUCCAGGUACCAGGAAGGAAACUUACUCAAGUAUGAAUAACCGAGCAAGAACUGCAAGCCCCGUGAAAGUUAGCAAUAGUGGAUCUUUCACAAAAUCCCCCAAAAACCCACUUAGGGAAAAUUUGAGAAUCGCUUCUGAUGUUAAUAAGGACCUUCCCCCGCCUCCCCUGGGAUUUGAACGUCCUAUAGAGCCCAUUAUUCGAUCCACGAGGUCGUUCAAUUCUGUCUCUCCGAGAGGACGCGCCUCAACCGCAAACGGGCAUAGAACUCUCCCAAAACAAUCUUCCAUGAGAGAUUUACUAAAGAAGGAAAAAUUGAAAGAGAGGUUAACUAGAAAGGUCAGUAAACUAGAGGAGGAGUGGGAAAAAGCCCAAAAGGAACUUCGAGCUUUGUCAUCAGAUGGAGAAUUUAGCUUCUCUUUAUCAUCCCUUUCUCCAGGCCGUGGACGAAGAAAGUUUGUUCCAGGGAGGCUACCAUCGUUGCCAUCUGAGCGGUUGCUUCAGACACAGGUAAAGGAAGAUGAAAAGAAGGAUCAAGUAGAGAAUGCAAAAAGGACAAUCAAAACGGACGUGCCAUCCGGCCCAAGCCCCUUGCGAAGAUCAUCCGUCCGAAUCAACCGAAAAGCACCGAUCAUAGGAAAACGAAAGAGUUCAAUUGCCAGUUCUUCUUCACAUGAAUACUACUAUAGCCAGGAUACAGAUACCACGGAUGACAAAGAAAAUAUAGUACCUAUGAAGAAGCUAAAAGAAUAUGGCGAUUCAUGCAACCCGCCAACGCGGGUCCAACCCCCUAGAAAGGCGAAAACUGAGACAAAUAGUUCAAUUCAAGAACAGACUCGCAUCCAGAACUCUUACAAGAUGCCGAUUUCAAAUUCAAAUACCAGAAAUAGCCCACCGAGUACUCGCCUCAGAUCCAAGAAUUCGCAAAAUUAUGCAUUCACCGCGACACCGGGACUAAAUGGUGUCCCUCCUGUACCUCCAUUGCCAGAACAGCUAGCAAAUGAUCUCAACCGGGCAAAUUUUCAAUGGCCCGAUGAAUGUUUUUAA